CAUGUUAUCUUGGUCCGCGGUGCAGGCGGUGGCCGGGCUUGCUUCCCUUUUUGAUGGGAUGGUCUGGCUGGCAGGUUUGGGUUUCGGGUUUCAAGGUCAGGAUAUUGAUGAUACUGCUACUGAUACUGAUGGUGAUGAUGAGGGUGAGGAUGUCAUUUGGAUUUUGGGGUUGUGAUGAUUGUAGAUGGAAAACGGGGUACAGGUAGGAUUGAUGCCUAUCGCACAGUGCUGGAGCGUACAGGCUGGCUGGCUGGCCUCUUACGUGUGGUGUUCACCAGGUCACUUGGAUCCUCGCUUUGCGUGCACAGUG